UUCGCCUGAUCCAGGCGGCGGGAAUUCGAGGCAGAUUACCAGAACACGGAUGCACUUGUGUCCUCGCUGUGACAGGAAGUCAUUCAUCGCCACUUGAGGCACAUUCAUUUAAACGAGAUUACCACCAAAUCAGCCUGCUGAGAUUCCUGUCGUAGUAGGCCAUGGAGUUCGAGAGGGUGCUGAAGGAAGUUGGUGGCUUCGGUCUUUUCAACAAGACCAUCAUGGUCGGCGCUCUGGUGCUGUCAACUUGGAACACGGCCCUGUGUUACUUCUUUCACGUUUUCUUGCUCAUCGCACCGCCCAGCCAGUGGUGCUUUGUCAACGGCACUUCUCUCGGCGACUUCUCGGAUGCUAGCGCGUUGCCUCGAAGGCGUUGCCAGAUGGUGAGUUUUUCCGAAGACGGUGUGAAUGCCAGCGUCGCCGACGGCAGUGCAGAAAUUUGCCCCACGGGUUGGAAGUUUGAUCCCGAUGAGUUCUUCACGUCGGUCACGAUGGAGAAUCAGUGGAUAUGUGGUGAAAGCUGGAAAAUGUACGCUGUCCACACCGCUUAUUGGUCAGGAUCGAUGACGGGUUACUUCGUGUCAGGAUUUCUCGCCGACAAAAUCGGCCGCAAAAAGACGGCCCUGCUACUCAUAGCGGUCGGAUCCACCUGCAACCUGCUCGGUGCUUUCUUCUCCCAGUUCCUUAGCUACACGAUACUCAAGUUCUUCGCCGCCAUAGGCUCUUACACGGUCACGACCACGGUAUUUGUGCUAGUGAUGGAGUACACCAUAUCGGAAAAGAGGACCCUGGUUGCCUUCGUCUGGGCCACCAGUUGGACUGUACUGGCCACCAUGCUGCCCUGGUAUGCCUACCUUUUGCAGAACUGGAGGGUGCUCAUCGUUACGAAUGCCUCCAUGAGCGUGUUUUUACUCGUCAUCUUCUGGUGGGUUCCUGAAUCAUCCAGUUGGCUGUUGUCUGUGAACCGCAAGCAAGAAGCCCUUGUCAUCCUCCAGAGGAUUGCGCGUAUAAACGGCAAGGACGCGUCAGAAGAGCAACUCGAUAAGCUUCUGAAGAAGACAGCCAGCGAUGUGCAGAACAACGGCGUCGCUGAGGAGCAUCCCAGCUUCUGGAAAGGCACUCUGCUCAUGCUCAAGUCGCCCAACAUCAGAAAGAUCAUGGUGCUAAUAUAUCUCGGCUGGUUUAUAGUUUGCAUGUGCUACAACGUGACCACCCUUGAGCUGGGACGGCUUGGCCUGAACAUAUACUCAACGUACUCGAUCGCCAUCGCAUGCGAGUUGCCCGUGAACAUCAUAUGCAUCUCUUCGCUGGACAAACUUGGACGACGCUGGCCGAAUUCCAUCUUUAUACUCAUCGGUGGCACUGUCUGCCUGAUCAUGUGGCUACUUAGGACCGAGUCGGCCACCUGGACGCUCGUGAUGGCGACCAUGCUCAUUAUGGCGUUCGCCGGCGGCUACAACAUCACCUACCAGAUGGCGUCGGAAGUAUUCCCCACCAUCGUCCGUGGUCGCGCCGUGCUGCUUCAGAGGCUGCUCGGAGACGCUGGUGGACUGCUCGGGGCACAGGUCGCCUCCCUGGCUGAACUGGACGAGUACUUGCCGAUGCUGGUGAUGGGCUGCCUAGCUUUGCUGGGCGGUGUGCUGGUCUUUUUUCUGCCGGAGACAGUAGGCACCGCCAUGCCGCAGACCAUUGAGGACGGCGAGCGUUUCGGCCGGGAUCAGGGGCUGUGGUUCUGCCCUCUGUUCACUAGAGAUUCAGAAGAGAGUGCACACGGCGAGUCACCAAACAAACGAAGGCGAGGAAUCUUGUCCUUCCACAAGAAAAUGCCGGUUACAGGUCAGCCUGCAGUCAACAGGGCCUUCGAUAACAAUGAGUCGGUCGUGGCAACAGUUUACAAUGCCGUUAGCUGAACCUUCCCGUGUCUGCAGCCUGCCACGGCGGGUGACAUCUACAUCGUUUCACUCCUAUACGGCGCUACAAACACUGCCAGCACAACUCGUCUCCCGUGUUCCGUGCUCAAGCAUCUAUGCAGCUCAUGCCUCGAACGUUACCUGUGCAGAAGCACCGUGCUGUCAGAUAAUAUUGAGCACUUGUGUGGAGUUGCGAGCGACCAUGCCGUCUGUUGCUGCCCUUUAUGAAGAAAAGCACAUCUCGUAAGAGGCAGAAGAACAUUCAUCGCCGUACUAUUGCCCUUGGGCGAGCGAAGGUGGCAUUACCUCGUGGGCCAAAAAUAGCGUGUGCAGGUGGAUGAGGCGUGGGUCUUUCCCACCGUGACAUUGUUUGUUUUUAAUGUAAUUCCCGUUCGGCGAACUUGUUUCCCCGUCUUUCAGUGAUCGGAGCUGCUUCACUUCGGUUUACAGUGCACGAACGAGCGAAAUAAAGAUAUCUGAUGAGUUACUUUAGGGAGAGACCUUACUUGAAAGAAGGCAGACAGGUCGCCCUGAGCUAGUCCGCUCUAGCCUGCUACUCUGCGCAGAAGCAGGGGGAAGGCGUACAUAAAAGUGUGAUGAGGGAUGAUGGUGACAUUUGUUCACCGUAACUUGCGAAAUCUCUGAUAUAUUUUGCAUAGAGGAAUGGAGGGCGAUAAAAGGAAAAGCAACCGUGCUAGUUAUCGCGAAAAUCACCUUUUGAAGUUUGACGACAAAUACUACACUCCCAUACGAGAAAAAAAAAUAGCGUGGGUGACAUUUUGUUAAAAUCGCAUUAUUUGGCUGAAUGUUUGAAAGACAUGCUUUGAAGACUGCUUAGACAGCUUAGUUGUGAUUAAUGCAAAAUUGUGUUUCUGCAUCACUGAAGAAUUCCUACGACUUGAACAGCCACUCGCAAUAAACUCUUCACAUUGGCACAAGCGAGCUAAACACGACAUCCUAUUUAUUUCGAGUUCCCUAGGCUUGUCACUUGCAAUAAUUGGCUUGUUUUUAGGUACAUAACCUCGAGAUUGUUUUUUUUUCUACGCCCGUAACAAGAUGCAGCUGCUGACAUUUGUUUCAUUGACCGUAUUAUCGACCAUUCUACUAUAAAAAUAAAAAGAGAAAGAAGUCAGAUUUAAAGAACUGUUUAUUAUGUGCGU